AUAUAGACAUAACUGACAGAUCAUCUAAUUAAAUUAUUGCGCAAUAAUCAGCUGAUUGUGUAUAUAUAGUCAAAGAAAAUAAACAACAAACACCACUGUAGUCACUGGACACCACCAGACAACAACAUGAUCAAACACUUAGCCCUAUUGUUGGUCGGCGCCCUCGCCGUCAACGCAUCCUAUUACAGCCGUAAGAGCAAAGGAUAUCCGAUUAAAAAAGGAUUCGGUGGCGGUUACGGCAGUAUAGGUGGCGGUUACGGCGGGAGUAUCGGAGGUAGUGGAUACGGAGGCGGUCAUGGUGGUGGAUAUGGGAAGAAAUAUGGUGGUGGAUACAGUGGUGGAAUGAUUAGUGGAGGAAUCGGUGGAUACAGUCGAGGCUACGGAGGUGGAUACGGAAAAGGAUACGGAGGAAUUAGUAGCGGAUACGGUGGUGGAUCUGGAUAUGGUGGAAUUGGAGGAAGUUACGGCGGUGGACACGGAAAGUUCGGCGGUGGAAUUCGAAUUGGAGGAGGUUUUGGAGGAUAUCAGAGGGGUGGUAUUGGAACAGGAUAUGGCAGUGGAUACGGAGGUGGAGCUAUCGGAGGUGGUAUCGUCGGUGGUAUCGGCGGUGGUAUCGUCGGUGGUAUCGGCGGUGGUAUCGUCGGUGGUUACUACGGGGAUGAUGAUGAUGAUUUUUAUGGCAGAUACACCAUUGGCUAUGGAGGUUCCGGUUCAGGUGUGUACGGGGGAUACGGUAGAAGAACCGGUGGCUACAGAAAAUAUCCAAGCAUCGGCAAGAAAUAUGGUGGUUAUGGCGGAAUCAGCGCUGGAAUCGGAGGUUCUGGAUAUGGUAAAGGGUACGGCGGUGGAGCCGGCGUUUACGGCGGUGGAGCCGGCGUUUACGGCGGUGGAGCCGGCGGGUACGGUCAAAGUGGAUUUGUAUCAAGUGGAGUCGGUGGCUACAGUCAGGGUUAUGGAUUUGGAGGUGGAAAGAAAUUUGGCGGAGGAUAUUAAUUUCAACUUAAAGACCGAUCUGUCUACCAGGCGUUUGCUGUGUGGUGUUGUUAUAUUUUCCAUAAUUCCGUUAUUUUAAUAAAAAAAUGUUUUUAUCAAAA